AUGCCAGACCAGCAACAGUGCUCAAAGGAGACGUCCUGUGCAGAUACUGGGUCAUGCCAUCGCGACGACCUGGAAGGGCGUGCGUUACACAAGCAAGUCGGCUUUGACGUCCCGUUCUCCAAGACGUUUCCCAUUGAGGUUUGGGAGCGGGUGAUAGAUCAUUUGUGGGUCGAUCCUCUGGCUGUCGGCGGGAAAGACCUCGCUAUUCGUGACCGGAAGCAGGUUGCUGAGAUGCGUGUGAUGCUGCAACGGGACCAGUAUCUCAAGACGGUCAUCAAGAGUGUUCAUUUCUCCACGCUGGAGCCGCUCGGUCCCUUCGCAGUUACCAUGGCUGGCAAGUUGCGGCGGCUGGAAGACGUUCAUGUAGGAUCGACGGAAUGGAAGCCCGGGAUGGUCCACGCAGACGCAGCGAACGUGUUCCUCUUCCUGAGCACAUUUACAUCCAUCACAAAGCUCACGAUGAGCUAUGUCAAGUUCCCUUCCGUCGCCACCUUUGGGCGGCUGAUUUGUUCCCUGCCUAGAUUGUCUCUCCUCACGUUGUUCUGGGUAUCAUUCACAACGAAAGGCUACAAAGCGGGCACCGUGCUGUCCCCCAAGGAUUUUGUACUCGAGCAAUUCUCGUCGAACGACUGUGACGAUGCCGCUGAUGUCUUCGACUGUCUACACGCUACUCGAAUCGCCACGAAGACACGAAAGCUCACAUUUGGCUUGUUCCAGAACCUCUACACAUCAAAUGGUUUGAUCAGUCGCCGCAUACAGCAACUCCUGGAAGCGUCGGGAGAGCUACUCACCUCUAUUCACCUCACCUUCUACUUUGGCGUCACACCAGAUUUUACCGAGCUUGUGUCAUUCAAACACAACACGAAGCUCGAGAUCCUUACGCUCGACCUGGUGUCUGAGUGGGAUGCACAGAUGGGCGCGCUCUUCUCGCUACUGCUUGACACCUCGCCUUCGGCCCUGCGCGAGAUCAGAAUCGCUGCAGCAUACAUGCCCAACUACUCUGAUUGCCCGACGAACGAGUCGCUUUUUGUACUACUUGACCCUCACGUGUGCGCCCUCAUCGACAGACAUUUGUCUGCAAGUGCGUACAAGCGAUUCAAAGUGCUAAGCUUCGAGCUAUUGGUGAGCCCAGCUCUGUAUCAGACUGCGGGGGGAGAGGAUCGACCAACGUUAGAGUUCUGGGAGAAGGGGCUGGGGGAGCGAUUUCCGAGACUCAAGACGGCAGGAAGUUUGCAGUGA